AAUCAUCAUCAUCAACCCCAAUAAAAAAGAAAAUAUCAACCAGCCCACCAUUCACGCAAGAAGAAACCACAUUUCUCAACGAAUUUAUUGCAUGCGUGGAUAGACGACUCGCUGACAAGUUAUCACGACAACGAGAUAUCGCCGAGGAAAUACGUGCAUUGUCUAAUAACGAGUGCACAAUUUCUCAGAGUACCGUAUCGAAAAUGAUGCGACGGUUUACUGUUCCGCGGGAUCAGGUGACGUAUGCUGCUGUGCGUAAUUGGAUUGAUGCGCAACCGCCGCCUGCAGAAAUUAAACAGGAAAAGUGA